CGCUAGUAAGAUCAUUGAAACACAUUAUCAACUGUAGUCAAGUACUCUGAAGAGUUCGUAAAUCAAAUUCAGAAAAAUGAAAUUCUUCUUGUUCGGAUUAGCCGUUAUCGCUGUUGUCAGUGCUGAUGUUUCGCAUUUGUCGGGCAAUGGAAAUGGAUAUAACUAUCCGCAGCCAAGUCCAUCAUUCUCAGAUGAAGCGAGCCAACCAAUUGCUCCAGCCCAACCUAAACCAAAUUACUUGCCACCAACUCAGCAAGCACUUCCAGCACCAGCAGCACCAAAACCACAAUAUGUCCCACCCAAACCUCAGCCAAAACCACAACUAUCUCAGCCUACCCAACAAUACCUGCCACCCCAACAUGUUACUUUACAGCCAAUUCAACCCGUUCAACAAACGUACCUUCCACCUCAAGCAGCUGCACCUGCUGUACCAGCUCCAGUACAGGUCCAAAGUUGUCAACCAGCUGCACCGGCAUACAGACCACCAGCACCGGCAUACAGCCCACCAGCACCAGCAUACAGCCCACCAGCACCAGCAUACAGCCCACCAGCACCAGCAUACAGCCCACCAGCACCGGCAAACAGACCACCAGCACCGGCAUACAGCCCACCAGCACCAGCAUACAGCCCGCCAGCAUCAGCAUCAGCACCAGCACCAGCUUAUCCAGCAUCAGGUCCAGUUCCCGCAGCUACCUAUUCUGAUGAAGACGGAUACAACUACAAAAAGCCAUCAUCAGCCUUUUAAAUAUAGACUAGGAAAUGUCAAUGUACGGAUUUCGAGAAAGGCUACUGCUAAAGUUUAUGAUAUUGAUGUACAGAAUAAAAUCGAAUAAAGAGACCAUACUUUUCCAAAAUACUUAAAA